AUGGCUGGUGUCCAGACUUUCAAGCUCGGCGAGUGGAAGCUCCAGUCGGGCCAAAGUAUUCCAGAUGCUGAGAUAGCGUUCAAGGUCUUCGGAGACCCCAAGUCCCCAGCUAUCAUCUAUCCGUCGUGGUAUUCUGGUUCUAUUGCGGACAACGAGUGGCUCAUUGGAGAAGACCACGUCUUGAACCCCAAGAAGUACUUCAUUGUGAUCACUGCUCUCUUCGGCAAUGGGCAAUCGACUUCGCCAUCAAAUUCCAACAUUCGACCUUUCCCCAAGGUAACAUUCUUUGACAAUGUGAGAGCUCAGCAUAGGCUUGUGACAGAGCAUUUGGGUAUCAAACACGCUCGUGCCGUCCUGGGAUGGUCUAUGGGAGCCGGACAAACCUACCAAUGGGCUACCAGCUACCCUGAUUUCAUGGAUAUCGUAGUGCCAUUUUGCGGUUCUGCCAAAACUUCUCUUCACAAUCAAGUCUUCCUUGAAGGUGUCAAGUCCGCCUUGCUUUCAGCGAAGAAACACUCCUCGGCUGGAUCUUGCGAAGGCGGAGUCCUGCCCAAAGGAGAAGAGUAUCGCACCUGGACUUCCGAGGAAAAGGAGAGCGGACUGAAAGCUUUUGGGAGAGUAUACGCUGGCUGGGGAUUCAGCCAGGCUUUCUAUCGCGAGAAACUUUACGAAACGGUCCUCGGCUUCAAGGAUCUCGAGGACUUCAUGAAGAACUUUUGGGAGAAGUGGGCGUUAUCCAAAGACCCCGAAAAUCUGCUAGUGAUGCUGUACACUUGGCAAGCUGGCGAUGUCUCAAACCAAGAGCCGUAUAAUGGAGAUUUCAGAGCGGCAAUGCAGGCCAUCAAAGCAAAAGCUCUCGUGCUUCCUGGGAAGACAGACUUGUAUUUCCCACCCGAGGACUCCGAAAAUGAAGUUGCGAACAUGAGAGAUGGCAUAGGAAUAAUGACCCCAUUCCCGAGUAUCUGGGGACAUUGGGCAGGUGGACCUGGGGACUCCAAAGAAGAUGUGAAAUGGCUUGAGGAGAAGCUUCGACAGGUCGGGCUGGGAGAUAGUAAGGAUGAGGUUGCACUUGUGACUGGCAAAUUUCGCGAUGCUUCUCUUUGA